AUGGCGGCCACGCGGAGGGCCAGCAUAUGGGAGGUGACCUUGGAGGACGUCGUGGCGGCGGGUCUGCAACUCCCGGAAGCAGGGGAUUUCCUGGCGGCGGUCAGGGAGGCAGCGGUUGGGGAUGCGGCGGAGACGUGGAGGAAUCUGCUGGCGGCGGGGGUGCUGCAGCCGAGGCAUCCACACGCGGUGCACCAGCUGGUGUUCUACUCGGUGUAUGGUGGAUGGGACGCAGCCAUCAGGGGGCCUCCUCCCUACUGGUUCCCCUCCCCGUGAGUAUGCUUGCCGUUCUCGUAGGCAUCGGAUUUCUUAUAGACGCCGUUUCGUUAGAAGGAUUUCUCUAUCAUGUCCGCAUAACAAUGGAAACCUUGAGAUUCACCGGGUAUAAUAACCGAAGCGUCUUGCCCAACGACUUCAUUCCGUCUUUUUGGUGCACUACUUCUCACCUGAGACCUCACCUUUAAAUGUCGGCAGAGUGUACUCGAAGGACACAAAUCUUGGGCGAAUUUUGGAGUUUCAUGGGAGGAAACUUCUGGGCACAUCGUACAGUAAUCCAAUUGAUAGCUUUAGUCUCUUUCAGAAGUUUUCGGUGCAACAUCCAGAGGUAAGUUAUCUGGUUUACUCCAUUAGAUCAAAUGUUCUGGGCACUACUGCACCUAUCUGCAGAGAGCAUUGGCAGAGAAAGUAUGUGGUAUUGUAAUGUAGUAUGUCGGCAAUUUCAGGUGUACUGGGAAAUUGUUCUUCAAGAGCUUUCACUCAAGUUUCAAGAGAAUCCAAGACGCAUUCUAGAUACUUCUGAGCAAUCUAAAUAUGGAGGAAAAUGGCUACCAGGCGCGGUUUUGAACAUUAGUGAAUGCUGUCUUUUGCCAAUGAAGAGAAGUGAUGACAGUGUUGCCAUUGUAUGGAGGGAUGAAGGAGAUGACUCUUCAGUCAAUUGUUUAUCACUGAAGGAGCUACGCGAUCAAGUGAUGUAUGAAAGUAGUGUUCAUGUUGUUCCUCUUUGCAGCUCAUUGGAAACCACGGCGAUCUAAUUUUGAUUUUACUUUACCAAUAAUCGAGCAUUAUUAUCUACAGGAUGGUUGCAAAUGCACUGGAUGCAACUUUCAGCAAGGGGGAUGCAAUCGCAAUAGACAUGCCAAUGACAGUAACUGCUGUUAUCAUAUAUCUUGCGAUCAUUCUUGCAGGAUAUGUUGUUGUCUCAAUAGCUGACAGCUUUGCUGCUAAGGAAAUUGAGACUCGCAUCAGGGUGUCUAAGGCGCAGGGAAUAUUUACUCAGGUGCUCUUUUUGUGCAAUAUCCAUUCUGUUGUGCGAACCGAAUGCAUUCAACUACGAUACAGAGAAACAAUCGGCAACUGUAUAGCUAAAAAAUGUCAAAACCAACUUGGCUUUUGAAGCUGAAAAUAAGAUGCUGCUUUAGUUCUGCAGUGAGGGACUCUUUAUGUGAUGCUAAUUGUACAAUAAAAAUGACCAGAUCACUCUUUAUAUGCUAUGUAAUUCUUGUAGUACCGUAGGUAUCCUAUUGAAGCUGUAAUGUAGAAGACUGAUUCUGAUUGGAUGGGCCUGGUAUUGUGAAAAUAGGGUUUUAUUUACAUAUUCGAUGUACAAAUGUCGACUUGAAGAUUAUGUCUUAAUGAAACAGCUUUAUUGCUAUCCCAGCUUAUUGUGAUGGGAACCGUCUCAUAUUUAUGCUGCAAUUUUUUAUCCCGAAAUUCAUACCUUUCAGCUUUGGCUUUUCAGGAUUUUAUAAUUAGAGGUGGAAAGACAGUUCCAUUGUAUAGGUGAGUGUCUUGGAUUUAAUGAAUUACGAUCAGAAAUAAAGAAAUCGGCUUUGAUUAUCAUUAACUGUAAAAUGGUCAUGUGCAAGCAUUGCCCUUUGCAGGUUUACAGUGAACUUGAUAUUGCCACCUGAAGUCACCUUUUUCCCCUGUGCACCUUAUAGUUUUUAAAAAUUACCACCUAUAUAUUUAUAUUAAUCAUUUCUGCCUUGCUGUUUAGAAUCAUAUUCCUACAUCAGAAGGAAUUGGCUUGAUUUUCUCUAUACAGUUGUGCUUUGUUUGGAAAAUAACGAAUGCCUUUUGUAUUUAUGAUUUUUCGACUGAUAAACUGCAACAGAUGUCUAGGUAGUCCCUUUUUUAUGUUAUUUAUUAUUUAUGAGUACAAACAAGGAUAUAGCUUUAUAGUGUGUAUUUAUAGGAAUGUAAUAUCCAUUAUGAUAGACUGUGGCCAAGAUAAGACCAGAUUUUUAUAUUUAUAAAGUGAGAUUAUUAGCAAAGAUGGAUUUCUGUUACGAGAUACAGCAGAAGCAGGAAAGGGAAAAACUGACUUAGCCCUUCUCAAGGCAAUACACCAGUAUUUAUAUUGGCGUCUAAUAUACUUUUCCAGUAUUACGGAAAGGUCUAAUAACAGAAACACAAAAACGAAAAUACAUCUCAUAAUAGGACAUAACAGAAAAAUAGAAGGAAAGCCUAAUAUAGAAAAAAUCUUGUUCUGUGUAACACUCUCCCUUAAGCUGGUGCAUGGAUAUCAUUCAUGCCCAGCUUGCUCCUUUGUUUAUGACUCAAUGGAGUUUCAUUAUUAAAGUGUACAUACGUAUGACUCAAUGGAGUUUCAUUAUAUUUGACUGUUCUUCACUUUUUCUGUCCUUUCAGUCGUGUUGUGGAAGGAAGCCCCUGUAAAGCUAUUGUUGUUCCUGCAAGCGGAAAAGGACUAGAAGUGAAAUUGCGGAAGAAUGAUUUAUCUUGGAAUGAUUUUCUGUCAUCAGUUGAACGUUUUCCAAGGUAUUCGUAUUUACUAGUUAAGAUGUCAAGUGAAAAAGACAUUGUACGACCUUAAAUUGAUGAUCCCUAAAUUGGUGUUCUUUGGUGUUGCCAAGGGUGUCUUAUACUUGAUAAGAACGCUGAUUUAUCUUUGCAGACCCUUCCACUAUUUUCCAGUGCACCAGCCGAUUGAUGCUAUAAUAAAUGUGCUUUUCUCUUCAGGGACCACAGGUGGUCGCAAUCUCUUCAAUCGCAUUCAUUUAGUAUCUAUUCUAUAUUCACUCUUUGAUUGAAAAUCCAAUGUUGUGAAUUUAUUAUAGGUGAUCCAAAAGCUAUUCCCUGGUCCCAACUUUCUCCAAUAAGAUGCGCAGCCGACUCCUGGGCACACAUUGAUGUACAAAGUGGAGAUAUUCUUUGCUGGCCUACAAAUCUGGGUUGGGUAAUGGGGCCGAUUACGGUGUAUUCAUGUUUUCUAAGUGGUGCAACUUUAGCCCUUUAUCAUGGAUCUCCACUCGGGCGUGGCUUUGGAAAAUUUGUUCAGGUGAGCAUGAAUUAAUAACCUUCUUUCGUUGGACAUAAUUCCAGGGUCAAGUGUCAUGUCUCAUGUCCUCUUCAAUUAUGUUUAGGACGCUGGUGUGACAAUUUUGGGUACCGUACCAAGCUUAGUGAAGUCCUGGAAGAACUCCAACUGCCUCGAAGGACUUGAUUGGACAAAAAUUAGGUUACUAUGGAUUUGUUCUCUUCUUAUCGAUUGAAGUUUAGCACUGUGGCCUGCUGUUGCUAAUGGCGAAUUCUUACUUUCGUUGCAGGACACUGUCAUCUACAGGGGAGGCUUCUGAUGUCGAUGAUGAUUUGUGGCUCUCUUCACAGGCUGGCUAUAAGCCUAUUAUUGAAUGCUGUGGUGGCACCGAGCUUGCAUCAUCUUACAUUUUUGGGAACCCUUUACAAUGUCAGGCUUUUGGAGCUUUUAGCACCCCAGGCAUGUCAACUGGGUUUGUGAUUCUCAGUGAACAGGGACUGCCAUAUGUAAGGAUAAAUUCUUCUUCCCUUGAAGUUUAUCUUUGGACGUUUCAUGCAGGAAGGUUUUGUUUAUUGGUCAGAUAUAACACUCACUGGAUUUUAUGUGGCAGCCUGACAAUCAACCCUGUGUUGGAGAGGUUGGUUUAUUUGCUCAGAAUAUGGGUAGCUCCGUUAAAUUACUCAACGCUGAUCACGAAAAGGUUUAUCUGGAGGGAAUGCCAAUUUACAACGGAAUGGUACGAAAACAUUUUGCCGUUUUCAUUAAAGGGUGGAUAACCUGCUUGUAGAUGUCCACAUCUUUCUCAGCUGAAGCUUUAGGAAAUGGUUAAUUUCGUUAAAAUCCUGCCAUAUGUGAACAUUAGUUUCUUGACUAGUUCACAGCAUGUCAAAAUUGGUGCCAAUGUUUAUCAUGCAAUAUCCUAGAGGACUGCCUCAGGUUUAUAUGGGAAAUAUUUUUUUUCUUUUUUCUUCUGUUCUAUGGAACUUGGUUCCGUGAUUUUUCUGGAAAAGCAUGUUACGAUAGAUACUUAUCAAUUUUGAUCACAAUAUUUAGUCUCGCUCUGUCUCGGGUAUUGUUUUCAGCAACUUCGAAGACACGGAGAUAUUAUUGAGAGAACUGUCGGAGGCUAUUACAGGGUACAUGGGAGAGCAGAUGAUACUAUGAAUCUUGGAGGCAUCAAGGUAUUGAAUAUCUCAUGGCCCAUCUCAUUUUUCCCAAGAUAGGUAAUCUGAAGUCCAGACUUAUGAUCCAAGUGCGUGUAAAACAGACAAGUUCAGUGGAGAUAGAGAGGAUAUGCAACAGAGCUGAUGCGAAUAUAUUAGAGACUGCUGCUGUGAGCGUCAGAAUGCAUAACGGUGGCCCUGAGCAAUUGGUAAUAUUUGUUGUCCCCAAAGACAGAUCGUCUGACUGGGAAGUUGGCGUCCUGGAAACAAAGUUCCAAAGAGCUAUUCGGGCGAACCUGAAUCCAUUGUUCAAGGUUUCUCCCAUAAUUCUCAAUCGCACCAAAUAUCAUGAUCCCAUGCUGCCAGUUCUUUGCUACUGUUCGACAAUCAAAGUGAAAAUUGAUUCAAAAUAUGCUGCAUUUUUAUUUUUAUUUUUAUUUUUUAUGAAGUUGGGGUUGGAGGGUCGACCAGGACCGAGUUUCAGUGUGGCCUGGGGCUCCUAAUUUGUUUGCGUAAAAUGCUGUGGCUGUUGGUGUACUGUUUGUAUUAGAAUUUGCUCUUCGGAGUGAGCUUAAAGAACCUUUGAUUCUCUGAUCAACAGGUGAGCUUUGUCAGGGUCGUUGCGGAAUUUCCUCGAACUGCUUCAAACAAGUUGCUGAGAAGAGUUCUGAGAGACCAGAUGAAGAAGGAACUCAGCACCCGCCCGAGGAUGUAG